AUGACCCUGACAAUCGCAGUCGGCACUCGCGUCGAUGGUUUGUACGACGGGGGGGACGUGUGGUUUCCAGGAGUUGUGGACGGAAUGACCGACGAUUCCUCGUUUUUUGCCAUCCAGUAUGACGACGGCGAGCGCGAAGAAGCGGUGCCUAGGUCCCUACUUCGCCUGCACGAGCCAGGGACGUUUUCCGUCGGGUCGCGCGUGUUAGCACGGUACAACGGCGGCGACGACUACUACGGUGGCGUCAUCGCAGAUAUCAACUUGGACGGCCAAACGUAUGCGAUAUCAUACGACGACGGCGAGUACCAAGACGCCGUGCCUUUUGCGUUAAUUGUGGACGAAGGGGCACCAAUCGAGACAGAAAUUGUUUCGUCUGCGCCGAUCGAGCCGGAAAUUGCUCCACAACGUCAACUGGACGAACAACAGCGUGCACCCAACGAUGUGCAACAACGGAUGGACGAGCGUAGCCCAACACCACCCUCUGUGGUAGCCCCCUACGAGUCACCUUCAACUGGACAAUCCGAAGUUUCUCUCCCAUCGCAACCCGACAAAUACGAUGCCAGCGGCGCCAGCAUCGUGGACGACGGAAUCGGAUACAGAAUGAAGCUGAGUCGAAACAUCAUUACAGACGAAGGUGUAGUAGACCCAGGAAAACCGGUGAAUGAGUUGCCGUCGAUCAACACCGUCUUAGCGGAUCAAAUCGCGGAAGGUUGUGACGACAAUGCAAGCCCGUCGGAACCAGUCGACAACGUCGAUCUACCGGUAGUGAAGAUAGUGUCAAGACCGUCAUCCCGGCGAGCGCAAUAUACGGACGAAGAAGGCGCACAAGUCGACUUCAUCCAGCGCGCGCCGUCAAUCGGCCGAGAAACGCUCCAAAAACAACCAUCGUCAUCCCAAACACUUUCAAGUGAGUACCAACCACUACGCUUAGUGUCUCCACCGGAAAGUCAAUUGACUGUUGCCGACGCUCCCAUCGCACAUGAGCUCAAUAAGUUGCCUACUCCCGACGCGGCACCCUCGCCGUCCAUUAUCAUCAUCGCCCCGCCACCCCGGGAAAGGAACCCGUCGCCGAUGCCACAGCCACCCUCGAACCCGCCGCGCGUGGUUCGACCAGUGAGUGGUGGCGCCGAUUCCGCAUCCGGAAUGGCCGACGAAGCAUUUUCUAGUGUGCUGACCCACCAACAAGAAAUCCAGACAAUUCUCAACACCAUCCGUGAGCCAGUGGUGGACAGCGACUCGAUGGUUGUCGUGAAAAACGCCCUCGCCCAACUCCUGCAACAACUGCGCAUAGCCCCGCACGUGACUGUCGACUGCUGCCGCGAGCAUCACGGAGAGUCCGUUCUCAUCAUGUGUGUCGACGCGAAUGCCGGCUACUCUAUUCUCGUGUGCUUCAUAUUUGUCAUUAUUCGACGCAUGUGCUCAGUGUCCGAAGCCUCGUUUUUGAAAUUCAUCGACUUGGCCGUUUUGGACGCCGUGGCGGCUGUGAUGACCCGGUUUCCCCACGACGCAGUGCUACAGGCAUCGGCAUGUGGAGUGUUGGCAACGUUUGCCCAAUCGUCUGGCAUUGAACCCAUGUUGGACAACCAAGUUGCCACCUUGAUUGUACACGUGCUCCACGAACAUCAAUCCCUCAACCAUUAUUCCAGACAAGUGCACUUUUACGCUUGUGAAGUGCUGGCCAAACUGUGCGACGGCGGCGACCCCCGCGUGCUUCGACUCAUGACAGCAGAACACCCCGAGUACCACUCCCCUGUGCAUUUGUUUGUGAGUUUGCUUCGCCAAGGCCAUCAAUAUGAAGACCAAAAGGUCGCGUGUGCCGCAUGCACUCUUGUCCUCUGUUUGGCAGCCCGAGAUCGCAAAAGUGCCAACAUACUGCGCUCCAUUGGUGCGCUCGCGGAUGUGUCUACAAUCAUGGCUAAAUUCCCCCACGACAACGGCAUUGCCUCGUAUUCCAAGUCGGCAACAAGAGAGAUUGCACUGUCAAGCAUGAAGCAUGGCACUACAACCAAAGUCCAACAAACUGCCAAGGGAAUCUUGAGAAAAGACGAUUUGCGACUGCGAGGAGAAUUGUUUGACGACCACCAACGAAAUCCUGCCAAGCCCCCACCAAAACCCAAGCCUCGGACCAGUCGUAAACCAUCCAAGGCGACAACGACUCACCAUAGUCUGUCCACGGAUGGUGGAGACGACUUUACACCGACGAAAUCGAGGCUGUUUUCGAGGAAUACCAUGGCGCCGGCCCCGCAACUGACACACAACGUGGCCGACAGCCUCACGAAAAUCCAGCAGUACUCGAUCAACAAGCCCUCCACGGCGUUCGAGUUUUCGUCGUUGGCUAUGCCUACGUCGGUGAAAAAACCUCCGAAGACACCAGACAAUUCCGCUUUGCCUGUCACCAAACACACGUUCACUCCAUUUGAGGAGAAACUCGAGCGCCGGAUGAUCCAAGCCACGCUUUGCAAGCUCAUUCCCGCCCCGUCCCCCACUGUGUCGACCAAAGACCGCGAGGACAUAUUGCUGCGGACGUAUGGCGUCCCCAAGCUUCGCCACAUUGAUCGCAUUAAGGGCCUUCCAAGCGUCGCAGCGGCUACAUCCGUCACAGCCCGACCGUCAGCGUAUGAGUCGGCUGCAGCUCCCUCAUCAAGAGGAUCCGCUACGGGACGAGGAGUCAGCAGCGCAAAGUCCGUCGUAGCGGUGCGCCCGCCGACGAUUCCACGAAAGGCCGCCAAGCAACAGCAACCACAAGGAGUAGUUCCUCGGCCGCCGUCCAAGCCGGGGAGUAACACCCCAAAGAAACCCGGCCCGGCCACCUCCAUCAAAGCUCCGCCACCUCGAGCCACCUCGACAAUCAAAGUCGUCAAGCAAAAUCUGUCCAAGACCAGCACGUUGGCAAUUCCAGCAAUGCAAAUUCCAGCAAUGCAACACCCGUCGAAUUUGUCACAAUUGGCAACGCAAUUGUUUCAUUCGGUGGACGGCGAUGAGCUGUUGACCGACAAGCCAGUUGUCGAAGCCCGACUUAGCUUUUCCGACAAGUUGCACGAAAUGAUCAAAAAGGCCGAAGUCGCCCUCUGUCGCCCCCCCAGUGCUCAGAGCCAUGCCAAUGGCGACAGAAGGAAUGACAUACCCUUAAUGGCAAAAGUUGAUGCCUGUCAGCCCCCAUCUGUUCGACCACUUGAGAAUGAUGAUGGAAGCGAAGAAAAAGUCACGAAGUGCGACAACGACCAUUAUACGCCUUCCAGAAGUCAGGCCCCUGACACUGAUGGUGGGAGUGACGAAACGAUCCAGAAGGCUCCCCAAGUUGAAGCCGAUCAGCCUCCCACUUUGGAGGCCACUCACAGUGAUGGAAUUCUCAAGGAGGCCGAAGUUGGAGUCUAUCAGCCUUGCAGUGCACGAUCCCUUGAGUCUGGGGAAGGCAGUGAAGGAAUCAGCAAGCAGGCCGAAGAUGACAGCUCGCAGAUGUCCUCUGGUCGGGCCCUCGACAUUGGUGAUGGAAGUGAUCACACGAUCACAAAGAUAGAUGGCGAAGUAUGCUGCCCUCCUUCUGUUCCGAACAUUGGCGGUGGCGAUGAUGUUGUCAAUGACACGACCAACAAGUCGGACGAAGAACUCAAGACACAUCUGAGUGGUCGGUCCCUUGAAAGUGGCGAUGGAAGCGACGGAAUCUGUCAGCCUUUAAGUGAUCCAGACAUUGACAUUGGUUACGGAAGUGAUGAAGAUUUUGAAAGUGACGAUGAUAGUGACCAAGUGAUCAAGAACGACGACGUCCAACUCCCCGCAAUGGGAGACCUUCACUGUGACGAACCAAUCAUUAAAGCCGACCAUGCGCUCAGUCCUCCACCGUCUGUUCGAGAUGAUGUAAAUUGCAAAACGACCGCCAAGUCAGACGAACUCAGUCGUGUCCCAUCUGGCCGAGAAGUUGACGGCGACAACGCAACCACUAAUGCAGAUGAAUUCAGUCGUCCCCCCUCCAGUCGAGCCCUUGGCAGCGAAGAGACAACGACCAAUGUAGACGAAAUCAGUCAUCCUCCGACUGAUCCAGACAUUGACGGCGGCGACAUUACCAUCAACGCAGACGAAGUCAGUCGUCCUCCCACAGAGCGAGUCCUUGACAGUGGUGAAGCGAUCAUCAUGGCCGACGAGCUCACUAGCCCUCCGUCAGUUAGAGGGGUCGACGGUGACAACGCAACUACUAAGGCAGACGAACUCAGUUGCCCCCCCUCCAGUCGAACCCUUGACAGUGAAGAGACAAUGACCUACGUAGGCGAAAUCAGUCACCUCUCGACUAAUCUCAACCCCUUUGAUCGCGGCAUCUCGACGACCAAUGGAGUUGAAGUCAUUCGACCUCCGGCUGUCCGAGAGGGUGAUAGUGACGAACAAAUCACCAGGGCAAAAGAACUUAGUCGGCCCUCCUCUAGUCGAUUCCUUGACAGCGUUGAAACGACCUCUAAGACUGAAGACGAGCUUAGGCGUCCCUCUACUGGUCGUGGUGUUGGCGACGACAGGACUACCACGGCCGACGAGCUCAGUCGUCCUCCAACUCCCCGAGAGACUGAAAGCGACGACACGACCACAAAGGCCCCUGCGGGGGAACUCCGAAUUCGGGCUGUUCAAGACAUUGAGUGCGACGAAACCAUCACCAAAGCAGACGAAAUCAGUCGUCUCCUCUCCAGUAGAGACGUUUACUGUGGUGACACGACCGCCAAGGAUGAAGUCGAACUCAGCCGACCUCCAUCUCGCCAACUUGAACUCAUUCGUUUCCCCUCCAGUCAAGCCCUGGACAGUGAUGACACGACUAUCCAGCCAGACGAAUUCAGUCGUCCUUUGUCUGAACGACUUGACGGCAACGACAUAACCACGGAGGCUGUGGACCGCAGUCACCCCCCCUCUGUUCAAGACCUUGACAGUGAUGACAUUAGCACUAAAACGACAAACACGGCGGAAAAUGAACUCUCUCCACUGGCCGGUGCUCUGACCCAUGCCUUUGGUUCUGGAGGCGAUGAAAGUUUUGAGAGUAAUGGCGGAAGCGAAGAAAUGAUCGAAAAGGCUCGAGACGAAAGCUGUAGCCCCCCAUCUGCUCUGGACCUUGACGGUGACGACACGACCGCAAAGGCAUACACACUCAGUCGCCCCCUCUCUGAUCGAGAGGUUGAUACCGGCGAAAACAUCAUCAAUGUAGAUGAUUUCAGCGGUCUUCCGUCUGUCCGACAGUUUGACAGUGUUGAAACGACCUCCAAGACGGAAAACGAACUCAGUCGCCCCCCCUCCAGCCAGUACCUUGAUGGUAACGACACUACUACCCAAGCAGAUAACCUCAGUUGCCCUCCGAUUGUCCGUGACGUUAAUGGUGACGACGCGACCACCAAGGCCACUACGAGGGAACUCAUCAGUCCUCUGCCUGUUCGAGACCUUGGAAGCGACGAAACCAACACCAAGGCAGACGAACCCAAGCACCUCCCCUCCAGUCGAGACCUUGAUGGCGACGACUGCACCACCAAGCCAGACGAACUCAGUCGUCCCUCCUCUGGUCGGGCCAUGGACAGUUGUGAAGCGACCGCAAAGUCUGCAGGAUGUGACCGAGACCUUGGUGGCGACGGCAUAACUAUCGAGACAAACGAACUCAGUCGGCCUCCGUCUGUUCAGGGCCUUGACUGCGACGUAACGUCAAUCAAGGUAGACGAACUGCACCCUCCUUCCAGAGUGCUUGCCAGUUGUGAGGGGAGUGUCGGAAGCGCUGCUACGACCGACAAUACUGAGGACGAACUCAAUAGACCUGUCUCUGGUCGAGCCCCUAACAGUGAAAUCGGAAGGGACGAAAUUCUCAAGAAGUUCGACGAGGAAGUCGUUCAGCCUUACAGUGCACGAUCCCUUGUUAGUGGUGAAGGCAGUGAAGGAAACUUCCAUGAGGUCGAAAGUGAAAGCUCACAGCGUCCUUCAGGUCACAUCCUUGCCAUUGGAGAUGGAAGUGAUCUCACGAUCACGAAGGCCGACGAUGAACGCAAUUCACCUCUGAGUGAUCGAUCUCUUAAAAGUAGCGAUGGAAGCAGCGAUGGAAUGUCCAGAAAGGCCGAAGUCGAACGCUAUCCACCUCCCGGAGACAUUGGUUAUGGAAGCAACGAAGCCUUUCAAAGGGACGACGAGAGUGGCGAAGUGAUCCUGAAGGACAACGACGAACUCCCCGCUGUGGGAGAUUUUGAAAGAGGCGAACCAAUCAACAAGUCCGACCAUCAUUUCAGCCCUCCGUUUGUCCGAGAGAUUAACCGCGACAACACGACCAUUAAGUCAACCCUUGACGGCGACGACAAGACCACUAAAGCUGACGACCUCAGUUGUCCGCUGUCUGGCCAAGAGGUUGACAGCGACGGCAUGACGACAAAGGCAGACGAGCUCAGUCGCCCCCCAUCCAGUCGAGCCCUUAACAGUGGAGAAAUAACCACAACGACAGACGAAAUCAGUCGUCCCCACACUAAUCCAGACCUUGACAGCGAUCACGUUACCAUCAAUGCAGACGAAAUCAGUCGUCCUGAGUCUGAGCGAGCCCUUGACAAUGGUGAAACAAUCACCAUGGCCGACGAGCCCAAUAGUCCUCCGUCAGCUGGACAAAUUGACGGCGACAACGCGACAACAAAAGCAGGUGAAAUCUGUCGCCGCCCGAGCAAAGAGCUACACAGCGACGAAGCCAACACCAAGACCGACGAAUUCAGUCGUCCUUCCUCCAGUCGAUACCUUGACAGCGAAGAAGCAACGACCAAGGUUGACGAAAUUAGUCGCCCCCUAACUGAUCUAGACAUUAACGACGACAACUCAACGAUCAAGGCAAACGAACUCAGUCAUCGUGCGUCUGAACGAGAGGUUGACGGCGACGACACGACAUCUAAGGCAGACGAAACCUUUCGACCUGCGACUGUCCGAGAUGUGGACAGUGAAGCAACAACGACCAAGACAGACGAACUCAGUUGCCCGCCCUUUGUUCAAGCGCUCGACAGUUGUGAUGGAAGUGUUGGAAUUGGCGAAAUGACCAUCAUGACCGAGGAUGAACUGUAUCGACCUCAUGCUGUUUCCACACUUGAUAAAACGCCCAAGAAACCCGACACUGAACACUAUGCUCCUCCCAGUGCUGGCAGUGCAUAUGGAAGUGACGGUGAUUUCGAAAGUGACGAUGGAAGCGACGAAACGACCAACGAGGUCGAAGACAAACUUUAUCGUCCUUCCUCCGUUCGAAACCUUGUGAAGGAAGAUACGACCACUGAGGCAGUCGAUGCCAGUCAUCCUCCCACAGCUCCAGAUCUUGAUAAUGACGACACCACAACCAAGUCCAACCAACUAAGCCUUGCUCUGACUGAAUCAUACCUUGACCGCGACAGCUCGACGACCCAGGCGGACGAAAUCAGGCGCCCUCCGUCUGUCCGAGUGGUUGACGGCGAUGACACGUCCACCAAUGCGGACGAAAUCAGUCGUCGCCCACCGUCCAGUCGAACCAUUAACGUCCAUGACACGACCACCAAGGCAGAACAACUCAGUCGACCUCCGUCGGAUCGAGAGCUAGCCAGCGACGACACCAUCACCGAGGCAUCUGAUCCCCCCUCGAGUCCAGUCCUUGACAUUAGUGAAACGGCCACUACGACUGCAGACGAAAUCAGUCACCGCUCCACUGUUCGUGCUCUGGACGGCGAUGACAUGACCACCAAAGCAGAACAACCCAGUCGACCUCCGUCGGAUCGAGAGCUAGCCAGCGACGACACCAUCACCGAGGCAUCUGAUCCCCCCUCGAGUCCAGUCCUUGACAUUAGUGAAACGGCCACUACGACUGCAGACGAAAUCAGUCACCGCUCCACUGUUCGUGCUCUGGACGGCGAUGACAUGACCACCAAAGCAGAACAACCCAGUCGACCUCCGUCGGAUCGAGAGCUAGCCGGCGACGACGCCAUCACCGAGGCAUCUGAUCCCCCCUCUAGUCCAGCCCUUGACAUUAGUGAAACGACCACUACGACUGCAGACGACAUCUAUCACCCCUCCACU